GCGGUAUAUACAAACCAAUGUGAGCCAUCGACGCAGAGGAAGCGGUCAUGUUGUGUAACUUCCGCUGUUCGCUGUCUCCCCUCUUGUAACCGGUUGUUGUCACAUUUCGCUCUAACGUCCUGAUGGCUGCAAGCUUUCGGUAUCUUUACUCCGUCUCCAGGACAGGCACUUUGGCUGCAGGCCAGCUGAGGUCCUUCAGUGUGUCUGCACCGAGGACUGGGUUCAAGUAUGUGAACGCCCAGGAGAUCCCGACAGACCUGAAGUCCAUCACAGACCGGGCUGCACAGACGCUGCUGUGGACGGAACUGAUCAGAGGUCUGGGGAUGACCAUGAGCUACCUGUUCAGAGAACCGGCCACCAUCAACUACCCGUUUGAAAAGGGGCCCCUGUCGCCGCGCUUCAGAGGGGAACACGCUCUGCGCAGGUACCCGUCAGGAGAGGAGCGCUGCAUCGCCUGCAAACUCUGUGAGGCCAUCUGCCCCGCCCAGGCCAUCACCAUUGAAGCAGAGACUCGCGCUGACGGAAGCAGGAGGACGACUCGCUACGACAUCGACAUGACCAAGUGCAUCUACUGUGGGUUCUGUCAGGAGGCGUGUCCUGUGGAUGCCAUCGUGGAGGGUCCGAACUUUGAGUUUUCCACUGAAACCCACGAAGAGCUGCUCUACAACAAAGAGAAGCUGCUGAACAACGGAGAUAAAUGGGAGGCUGAGAUCGCCGCCAACAUACAAGCCGAUUACCUCUAUCGAUAGACGCGGCACGCCGCCUACGUUCCAGGGGAAGACUUUAAAACGUGACACAUGUUGUUUCUGUACAUACUGUAAGAAUACACUCUCAGCUAUGGUCUAUGUGCUUCAGGAUGGAUUCAGGUUUGUUGAAAGGAGCUUUUGUUAACAAGAUAAGCCUUAUUAAAACGUCAACAUUUAAAUUUUAGUUUCAUUUUGUCAUCUUGAAUCUGUCUCUGUAUCAGACUACUUUACUCAGUGUGAUUUGGAGGCUUGUCAUGAACCUGUACGGGUUUUCUGGGGAAUCAUAAGACGUGUCGUUCCUGCAUUUAAAUUUAGAUUGUUUCAAUAUGAUUAAUGUAAUUGCAGCAGUCAUGAUGCUCUGAAGUUCGUCAAGGUACAGUAGUAUCAAUCAGUGCUGUGGAGAAACAUCUGCUGACUGGACAGAAGGAUUCUUCAUUUCUUCACUUUCAGAAGUCAUUAUUGGAUCUAAAUGUCAAGAAAAAAGGUUGAACUUGCUGCUCAAUAGAUUUCACUAAAGGGUCUUCAAACUGUUUUCACCUUGAAGCAAAUAAACUUUGAAUAAAAACAAUAAAUGA